CUGUUCGCCACUGUAGACGCUACGGUGUUCAUUACAAUGGUUCCCAUGCCAAAGAGUUGAGGUGACGUGUACCCUAUUUUCCAGUAUUCCGGCGGUGGUUUUGUAAAAUAUGAAUGCAUUUAAACGUGAUAAAAAGGAAGAAGAAGAUGGUGGGGGAAAUCCUUUCCAGAAUUUGGAGAAGACCACAGUGCUCCAAGAAGCACGUACUUUCAAUAAUAGCCCGGUGAAUCCAAUAAAAUGUGCACAUAUCCUCACAAAAAUAUUAUACUUGUUGAAUCAAGGGGAGCAGUUGGGAACAACGGAGGCCACAGAAGCGUUCUUUGCUAUGACAAAAUUGUUCCAAUCGAAAGAUGUCGUAUUAAGACGUUUGGUAUAUUUGGGUAUCAAGGAAUUAAGUUCUUUGGCAGAGGAUGUCAUUAUAGUAACCUCCAGUCUGACAAAAGAUAUGACUGGAAAGGAAGAUUUGUACAGAGCUGCAGCCAUAAGAGCACUAUGUACCAUCACAGAUGGUGGAAUGUUGGCUGCUAUAGAACGUUACAUGAAGCAAGCUAUUGUAGAUCGUUCUCCAGCAGUCUCUAGUGCAGCCUUAGUUUCUUCGUUGCACCUGACCAAUGUAUCUGCAGAUGUUGCUCGCAGAUGGGCAAAUGAAGCCCAAGAGGCAUUGAACUCCAAUAAUGUAAUGGUUCAAUACCAUGCUCUGGGUGUUUUGUAUCAAGCUCGCAAAUCGGAUAAACAUGCAGUAAUUAAGCUAGUUGCAAGACUUAUGAGGACCAGUCCAAAGAGUCCAUAUGCUGCUUGUAUGUUAAUUAGAAUGGCAUGUAAAUUACUAGACGAAGUCGACGAAGGAGAAGAGUUGUUAGCAUUCAUUGAAUCUUGUUUACGUCAAAAAUCAGAAAUGGUGGUGUACGAGGCGGCGCACGCAUUGGUGAACCUUGGAAGAAGCGGACCCAGGGAAAUAGGUCCUGCCAUUAGCGUUCUUCAAUUGUUCUGCGGGUCACCGAAGCCGGCUUUAAGAUUUGCUGCGGUCAGGACUUUAAAUAAAGUUGCUAUGACCCACCCGGCGGCGGUUACCGCCUGCAACUUAGAUUUAGAUAACUUGAUCACAGAUUCGAACAGAUCGAUUGCUACAUUAGCAAUUACCACUCUUCUAAAGACUGGAGCGGAGAGUUCUGUUGACCGAUUGAUGAAACAAAUUGCUACUUUCGUAUCCGAAAUUUCAGAUGAAUUUAAGGUGGUAGUCGUUCAAGCCAUAAGGGCUUUAUGCCAGAAGUUCCCCCGCAAGCACGUAGUCCUCAUGAAUUUCCUCUCUGCGAUGCUAAGAGACGAAGGAGGUCUCGAAUAUAAGGCGGCGAUUGCGGAUACAAUAAUUGCCGUUAUGGAAGGCAACGCUGAAGCAAAGGAAGCAGGUCUGGCACAUCUGUGCGAGUUUAUCGAGGACUGCGAACACAAUUCCCUCGCCGUUCGCAUCUUGCAUUUACUGGGACAAGAGGGGCCAACGUCUAAACAGCCAUCCAGAUAUAUUCGUUUCAUUUACAAUCGCGUGAUCCUGGAAAGUGCCAGUGUACGUGCGGCUGCGGUGACCGCUUUGGCGCGUUUUGCCGCGGCAUGCCCUCCGUUGUUACCAAACGUAUUAGUUUUAUUAUCUCGUUGCCAAUUAGACUCCGAUGACGAAGUUCGCGAUCGAGCGGCUUAUUACUGCGCCAUUCUGCAGCGACAAAACGACCCGUCUAUUCUUCCUCUGAUACAGCCCCCUUUGUUAUCCGUGCCUAGUUUAGAAAGAGCUCUGAAAAAUUACAUGAAUACAGCUAUGGACGAACCGUUCGACAUCUCUCAGAUUCCUCCAGCGCAAACGGUAGAAGAACCGCCGCAGAUAGAGGUUCACGCAACGGUGAAACAACAGCAACCUCGGUUAACGCGAGAGGAGAGCUUCAUGGAUAAACUGUCACAGAUACCACAAUUAGCCGUAGAGAUCCGCAAUUCGACGCUACUGAAAUCCUCGCCUGUCUUCGAGUUAACGGAAUCAGAGACGGAAUAUAACGUGAAGUGCAUCAAGCAUACGUUUACAGAACUUCUUAUUCUGCAAUUCGACUGCAUAAAUACGCUGUCGGAUCAAUUGUUAGAGAACGUAACAGUAGCCGUUGAACCACCCGAAGGUUAUUUGAUGGUCUGCGAGGUUCCGUGUCCACUCUUACCGUACAAUGAACCAGGCACAACGUAUACAGUAUUAAAAUAUCCUGAAGGUGUUCACGCUAGCGUCGCCACUAUUCCUACAACUCUGCGGUUCACGGCUCGAGAUUGCGAUCCUACAACAGGUGUUCCGGAUGCCGAACAAGGCUACAACGACGAAUAUAUGUUGGAGGAUUUGGAAGUGACCUUAGCUGAUCAAGUUCGAGGACUUGGAAACAGAGGAAUAAACUUCAAUGCUGCUUGGGCGACAGCUGCUGCGAAGGGAUAUGCUAAAUUGGAAGAAACAUUUGCUCUAGAUCCUUCUGUAAAUAGUCUAGAAGGGGCUAUCCAAAGUCUUACCGGAUUUUUAGGUUUGGAUGUCGUGGAUCGAACCAAUCGUGUUCAGGCGGGUGCUGUUGCGCAUAAUCUGUUAUUGAGCGGUGUUUUCAGAGGUGGAAAAGAGGUUCUUGCUCGUGCAAGAUUAGCAUUGUCCGGAACUCAAGUAACAAUGCAACUGUCUGUUUUCUGUCCAGAUCCAGACGUUGCCGAGUUAAUCAUUUCUUCUGUAGGAUAAUCAUUUCUUUCUUUAAAAAUUUAUAACCUAUACCACGUUUUCCAUAUUUCUAGUAUUAUAAAAAUAACAUUGUAAAAGAAAUGAUAAAACCUGGAGCUGUUGAAUCUGUAACACUCACUGUGUAACACCUUUGUACAUAUAAUUAUAAAACUAUACUUUAAAUAAGACCGUUAAGAUUUUUUAUUUGUAACACAUACAAAUUUCUUCUUUCUAUCUCAAUUUUAAUAAAACGUCCCGAUAUUAAUUUUGAUUUGUUACUUUAAAUCAUUACUUUGUAUCAUUAAAAUCAAUAUAUUCCAUCAUACUACUUA